AUGAACUGCCCCGGCCAUGCUGCAGUUCCAUGGUGGCGCUACCCCGACGACGCUGGUGAGGCCGCCGCCGCCGCCGCCGCUGCCGGCGGCGGCGACACCAGCGUGGACAUGAUCACGGACUACUCCACGUACGUCGUCAGCCCGGAUGAUCUCUUCGAGCUGGUGUGCGAACAAGGAGGAGGAGGAGGAGCCGGCGGCGCACCGGGGUUGAGGACGAUGCGGCCGGCCGCCGAAUCCUACCACUGGUCGUCGCCACCGCCGCCCGAGGUGCGGUUCGAACCGCCGUCGGAGGGCCAGAUGGCGGCGUGGCUGUGCACGAUCGUCAGGGGCGAGGAGCUCGCCGUCAACGACUGCGGUGGCCGGGACGAUGUGCCGGCGGCGAAGGGAUCGAGCGAUAAUGCGUCGACGACGACGGAAUCCAAAGGAAAGCUUCCAGCGGUGACGGAAGGGAUGCAGGAGAUGAGAAAGCCGUCAUCAGCAGGAGGAUCUUCAAGGAGGUCUCACCAUGCAGAAGCACACAACCUGACAGAGAAGAGACGAAGGCACAAGAUAAACGAGCGGCUCAGGACCCUGCAGCAGCUCGUCCCAGGAUGCGACAACAAGUCCAACCAGGCCUCGACGCUGGACCACACCAUCCAGUACAUGAAAUCGCUGCAGCAACAUGUCCAGGCGAUGUCCAUCGGCCCUGCCCGUCCAGCGGCGGCAGCGACGGUUCCUGUCCUGCCAUCGCAGUACGCGGCUCCGGGGGCGCCGCCGGUCGCCGUGCCGAUGAUGCCAGCAGCUUCUGUGGUCCUCGCCCCCGCUCCGACGACGAUGGUUCCUUUCGGGGCCAUGCUUCAGAUGCCCCACCACUACCCUGCGGCCGUGCCGGUGAUGAUGCCUGGAUCUGCAUCCGCGGUGCCCCUGUACCCGGCGGCGGCUCCUCCGAGGGCCGCGGCGAUUGCGCCGGGAGGUGCCGGGGGGUCGUCUGCCAGCCCUCGACAUGGCUCAGGCAGCAGAAAGGGGAAGGGCGGGAGGAGCCAGCGCCAGAAACACUGA